AUGAAACCACGUUAUAAUCUUCGUACUCAAUCAUCCAAAGUUUUUGUUUCCAGAACAAAUAAAAUUAUUUCUUCUGUCACAUCUCCUUCAAUUAGAAAGAGGCCAAAGCAUCGUCAAUCAAUUACAAUAAAUAAUAAUAAUAAUAAUAAACAAAAUCGACGACAAAGUCUUCGUUUAACAUCAAUUCUUAAACAAACAAAACCUCGACCAAUCAAACAUGAAACUCCACCAAAAUGGCGUAAAGUUGAGAAUGAUACUACAGAAGAAAAUUCUUUAAUCAAUGAUGAAGAUGAUGAUUAUGAUGAUCUUCUAGCACGUCAUCAUCGACGUAUGCUUGAAGAACAAAAAGAUCGAAAACUUUAUGAACGAUAUGUUCGUGGUCAACGAACACUUCGUCGUUUACAAUGUCGUCGUACUCAUACAGCUCAUUUAAAUGAAGCAACACGUACUCGUCUAUUACGUGAAUUAGAACGUGAACGUCGUUAUACUGUUCAAGAUCAAAUCUGUGCUUAUCUUACUGAUCAUACAAUUAUAUUUCGACAUGGAGCUCAUUUAAAUUCAAAUCCACCAAUGGAUUGGUCAACACUUGAAGAUGAAAUACCUCGACAAAAACAUUUCGAUACAAUACAUCAAUUAGAUGUAAUGAUAAAUAAUCUUAAAAAAGUUAUCCGAACAUCAAAAUCAUCGUUAUCUAAACCACGUUUAUCUGUACAUGAAAGACAAAAACAACGUUUAACAGCUAAAACUACGACUCCAGUUAUCUCUCUGAAUUCGAAUAUUUCACAAACAAAUGAAAUUCGUUCAGCAAUCUCACCAAUCAAUACAAUAUCACAAUCAACUGCAAUAUCUCGUUUGCCAAUUGUAAGAUUUAUUGAUGAUUCAAUACGAAUGAAUAAUUCACAACAUUUAACAUGUAUACAAAACUUUUUAUUACAAAAUAAUAAUAAUAAUAAUAAUAAUAAUCAUCAUCAUCAUAGUCACAUGUAA